AUGACUCUUCCUUUCCCUUCUGCAUUCGCCGCGUUUCCGAAGUGGUCUGUGAAAGAGGACGGGGUUCUCAAAGUGUCCAUGACUCCGAGAGUGACACAAACGUUGUUCGUGCCCAACAGUGGAUUUCUUCUUUUCGUGGCCUGGCAAACCGGCCCAGAGGCCUCCACAGCUCGAGGUGGCGGCCACGGCGAGCCUCAUGUUUUCAGAGUCGCGCUCGGCGGAGACCAGACGGGAGGAGGACGAAGACCUCGGAAAGUAGAGAUGCAAGGCGAAGAAGCGGACCGGCCCGUAUAA